UUCGAUUCCUACAUCGAGCAAGCACAUGCCUGCUGUCCGCCGCGAUGCUGAACGCCGAAGUCACGAAAGCGACUACCCUUGUUGGUGGGGCACUGCUUUCAUUGGUUGACUACGAAGGAUAGUGCUGUCCAUCAGAACCUCUUCGAUCUCCACUUUGAUAGCCGCCACUGCGCCAACAAUAACCGGUCAAGACAAAACUAGCUAUGGAGGAUUUCAACGGGAAUGACGAGAUGGCGGCCAUGAUGGGCUUCUCAUCUUUUGGUGGCACAAAGAAGCGAAAGUUUGACCAGACAAAGUCACCAGCCAAAGAAGAAUACAGUGCCAGCGGCGCCAACUCGACCGAGCUGGGUGUGAGAACCAAAGCUCUUGAGAAUCAGCCAUCAGUCAGUGAAGAGGUACUCAGCCUUGCUGCUGCUGCUACGACAAGGCAACCACCGCCCAGUGGUGGGCUUGCAAGCUUCCUCGCCCGAGGUCAAGCACUGCCAGUGAAGCCACCGCAGACUGCCUCUAUCCAACCAGAGAUCUCAUUUCAGGCUAAUUCCUCAGUAUCUGAGAUGGUCUCAUUUGGAGGACCCUCGAUCUCUCGGGCAGACUUGAAUGCUUUACGUCAUGGUGUUCAGAAUGGCCACGGUGACAUGGCCUACUUUUGUCCCAGUUUCGUUGAAGAUCCAUGGGAGAGACUAUCCAAAAGUCAUACAUGAGUAUCACCUUGCGGCGGACUGUCUCAAACCGACAUGAUCAGCGCCAUCUUCAAGAUUGCAAUUCGACGAUGUCAACAAUGAAGAGCCUUACAGCCAUAUGCUCUCGAGUUGAAUCUGAGUCGUACCCUAAUGGUGGGUAUAUCUAGUGCCUUGCCAAGCAGCGGACAGAGACUUUGUGGCUGACUAUACAUGGAGUCUGAUGAGAGACCAGACGCAGUGAGCUCAGUACCACGAAGUCGGCAUCCUUGAACGACAGAUGUAAUAUCGUGGACUUCCGCAUCAACGGUACCGAUUAUGCUAGUUGCGAUACACACCAAGGAGUUCGGUCCCAGCAACGCUACAGAUCAAUCACACGUUUGUACUUCUAGAGAUAGCCCUGGGAUUCCCAACACACGCCCACAAGCAGUCGUAACCCCCAAUCGUUCCCACUGUCAAUAAACAACCUUGUCC